AUGGUGCCGUGCGCCCAGGGUCGCGUGAUCGUGGAGACAGCUAGGCCAGCGCCGCCGUACUUCGCCACCUGCACCAGAUACCGUCGUACGGUGACCACCACGUCGAACGAGAUCGCGGCGUGUAUACCGAUCGCGACGUCGUCGAGCGUGUCGCAGGUGGACUACCAGUUGACGUCCACGGGCGGCAAGAUCCUCAGGCCGAUACCGCCGCACACUUUAGCGGUGAGGCCGGAAGAUCUAGGCGUGACGCCCUGGUAUCUCGAGGAUUACCCGACCAUAGAUUGCUCGCGGGGGCCAGCGGGCGAUCGUGGCUCGUAUCCCUCUUACCUCUACGCAGACACUGAGACGAAGCCAGACAUGGUCUCGACCAGGAAUAGCAGCAUGGACAGCGAGCUGCCACGUCCGUCGACCAUCACCGCAGCGCCCAGAAAAGCGUACAUGGACCUGCAGGACGCGAUCGCACUCCUGGACGAGACCUGUCCGAAUCCAGAGGUCAGUCCGUCCCUCACACCGAGAACACCGAGAACCCCGUUGACGCCGCAUCCGAGGAACAAACGGGCACGCUCGAAGAGCAGCGACAAUUCCUCCAACUACAGCAACGAUCGUCUCAGCGAUCGUUCGUUCGAGUCACGUCCGCCGGAGAAGGACAAGAAACGGCCGUUCCUGAAGAAGAUCGGGAUCUCGUUGACGGAGGACAAACCGUUCCUCGCGAUGAUAGCGCCCAAGAUCAUCGGGAAGCCUUAUUUGGAGAAGAUCGGGCCGAGCAGGGCGGUCGAGAGACCGUUCUUGGACAAGAUUGGAUCGUCUAAGACAUUGGAUAAGUUCACGUUUGAGACGCCCAGGAGACAGAAGAGGCCCGUGGUUAGGAGCGAAACGCUUCGGGACGAUGUGAAGAAGGCGCCGAUUGCGAAGAAGCUGGAGGAACAGAAGCUGCCGGAAGAGAAGCCGCAGAAGUCGAUUGCUGUGGUUCAAGCGUUUGGGGUCGAACGGAGACGGUCUGGCAAGGGCCCGUUGAUGAAGAUGUACUCGUUCGAGACGGAGGAUCUAGAGUCCACCGUUCAGAUCAAGGAUAGUAGAGACCCUUUGAGGGGCGCGUCUUUGGAUGACGUGUUGGAUUCUGGGCCGAGUUCUCUGCCUCUGGAGUCCACGAAUGAAGGGACCCCGAAGACAGAGACGAAGGAACGAGCCGUGAACGGCGCCGCGUUGCUGAAAUGUCGGGUGACUACCAGCGAGGAGAUCAUCUUCUCUAGCACGAGCUACGGAUCCGACAAGGAGCCGAACAGCUGGGGCAAUUCGCCGAAGAUCAAGUGGCAGGUGAAAAUAGACGGAACGACACCCAGGACACCUACUCGUCGUAAAAUCGUGGACGCUUCUAAAGACGGCGACAGCGUCCCCAAUUCGCCGACGAAACGACCGAUUUCGAAUGUCUCAGCGGAUCAUCCGGAUGAUUCGCGACCUAGCUCGUUCGAGAAGAACGUGUAUUCUCCGAUGAAGACCAGGAGGCAGACUUACGAAGAUCUGUUGGAGAGGAAUGGUAGGAGCGAGGAGAGGGAUAAGAAGCCCAGCAAACAGGCGCACUUCGAGAGACGUGGGAUCUCGUCGGACAAUCUUCUGUCGAAGGAUCGAACUGGUUCAAGUUGCCCAUCGAGAGGUCAGAUCGAGAUCACCAGGGAAGCUACUUCAGAGGAUUCUCUGGCGCACCGUAUAGGUCAGGAAUACAACAAGGAGACGUUCAAGCAGCUGCAGGAUAAGUUCAAGUACCACGAAGUCCCCACAGAAACGUACGCGGAUUUCAAACGACGGACUCGUGGAAGCGUUCAAAGUAUAAUUGUCAGACAGCAGGAAAGAUGGAAGGUCGACACAGCGACGGAGACGCGCGAGGAUGGCUCGAGGGAUGCCAAGACGAAGUCAGACGAGACGAAGUCGGAAGUUUCGGCAUCGCCAACGAGAAAUGAGAAAGAAUCGAACGAGGAAGGAAGGAACGAGAGUGUUCGUGGUACUAUUAGGUCCGUGCUGAAGAAGCAGCAGGGAAUCGAUCAUCCAAGCGAUCAUGAAGACAACAACGCGUCCGCAGUACGUCCAAAGCGACGGAUCAUUCACGAGCCUUCUCAGGAGACCAUGGACCUCCUGACAGAAUUACGGAAGGUGAAGAGUCAGCUGAAGACUCCGUCCUGGGAGAAGGAAUUGGAGCUUGACAAGAAGCCGACUCGGCAGCCGAGACGUAUCCUGUUGACUGACAAGGAAUUCUGUCUGUCUGUCGAGCGGGAGAAUAGUAUUCGGCGUCCGUCGCGCGUGAUGAAUUCGUUGGAAAGAACUGACGAGGCUGUGGAUGAUAAAGACGAGGAUCAAAAAAUAGUUGAAGAGAAGAAGAACGGUGAUGUGUCUCAGACAAAGAUCCCUGGACCAGCUUUGUUCGAGAAGAAGUGUCUCUCGUUGGACUAUGCUGACGAGGAGAAGCCUCAGAGGCCAGAGCCUAGAGCGAUUUCCCUCUCGUCCACGAGGAACGUGCCGUCAGGGGCUGACGAAAUGACUGACUACGCUGACCUGGCGUUCAACUGCGACUCGAAGAGCUGCUCCUCCGAUGUGUUUAACAGCCCAACCGAGGAGACCAGUCAGCACGAACGUGGUAAUGAUCCGGAGAAGGGUGUUCCGAAGAUAGUAGAUCGGAAUCACUGCGCGGAAGUCGACAUCGCCAUUCCCAUUGAUCAGAAGCUGAGUAGUCCGAAGGGUAGGGUUCAGAUACAGGGGAGGACCAGCGAUCUGUACGAGAUCAUAUCCCCGAGAUCAACGCCUUUUCGAGUGAAAAAACGGCUCGGGAAAAUAUCCGUCGAAGACACCGUCAAGCCGGAGAGUUUCACCCUAGGUUCUAAGGUCGACUGCCGAUCAGCCGUUGUACAGAAACGGACCAAGUGCUUCCCUUUAUAA